GCGUCAGGGCUGCCCGGGUGCUGGCGGCGUAAGCGACCCGCGAACCAAAACAAGAAGGAGUGAGUCGAGUCGUGACGAAACCUGCCUUGCUGUGAUGAAGAUUGAGUGGAGGUUUCUCUUUUGAAGGUUAUGAGUAGUGGACCAUCAUGGGCAGGAGGGCCAGCAUGCCCCCAGUGGCCAUAUGUAGGACCGGGUAAUGGUCCGCCACCACAAUGGGGUGCUUCAGCAGGUGGAAUGCACCAGUACCCUCACAACCAGCCACCUCCUGUAAAUGCUCCACCACAAAACUGGGCAAACGCUCAUGGACCUCCUCCUAUGUAUGGAGCACCAAAUCAAGGCAUGCCUGAAGCUGCUCCCCCUGAUCACUAUGCUGUAGCUCCUCAGACCUCCAUGCCAAAUCAGUAUAAUGUUCCCCAGCACAGUGUACCCCAAGGCCCUCCCUCAGGCACCCCCUCAGGCCUACCAUCUAAUGGACAUUUUGGUCCCCCUCCAGUGAGGUCAUGUCCUGGACCUGUUGGCAUUCCUCAAUGCCCCUCAGUUGUCACAUCUGGACCCCUCUCGCUUACGCAGUUUCCACCUCCAGGGCCUUCACCUGGCCCACCUCCUGGCCCAGGCUAUGUUGGAACCCCCAUGUAUGGGUGGGGAGUGUCUCCUCCUCCUUCUUCACAAAUGGUGCAGACUGGCCAGCCUCCCCCUGGCUCUGCUUGGGGUGGUGUCAGCCCAGGGGAUAUACAUCACCAGACGUGGCAGGGCUCUGAUUGGGAUUCAGAGAGACCUCAUAGACCUCACACUGAAGACCUUUCAACUAGGUCUGGUAUUGACCGGAGUGGCGUGCCAUCAAGAAACAGCUACCGGGACAAUAGCAGAGGGAGAGACCAUGAUUCCUCUAUCCAUGGACAAGACAGGUCUUCUCAAGUUUCUUCAAGGUCAGGGUAUGAAGAUGAUCUUUGUAGUAUAGACUCAAGAUACAAGGAGAGUAGAAGCUACUCUGAUGCUUACUCUAGCAAUGGAUGGCGUGAUAGACACGGCAGGAGGAGGAAAAGAUCAAGAAGUCCCUCUGACUACUCAUCUAGAAGAAUAGAGUCUAGAAACCGCACAGAGCCUCGAAGGUGCUCAAGGGAUUCUCGCGAAAGAUCUCGGUAUGACAGUGAUCGUAAAGAACGGUAUUCAAGGAGUCCUGGAUCUCAUUCUCGUUCAAGUUCUCGACCUUUGUCCCCAGAAAGGAAGAGAUCACGUCCCUCCUGGAGCCCUGACAGACACAAGUCACGAAGCCCUAUCAAAGAGAUGGGUGGUAAAAGAAAAAAAAGGAAUGCAGUGGACCUCCCCCCCGAAGAGAAGGAGGAAUGCGAGCCCCUGCCAACUAUACAGGAAGAGGAGAAGUCUAAGCCAGUGUCUAAGGAGGAGGAAUUAGAGGAAGAGGAGGAUGUGAAGGCUGCGUGGGUGCGCUCAGCUCCUGCCGAUCUUUAUUACCAGCGUGAUGAGAAGAGUCCAUUAGUAAUGCGUGCAACGAAGAAGCUAAUGUCGCUUUGUGAAGUGGUUGAAGAAAAAUUGAUAAUGAGGGGUACUAAAAUACGAGAAGAAAAGAGGAAAGCAAGGGAAAAGAAGGAACAGCAAGAACAGCAUCAGGCAAUAGCAUGCAGAAAUGGAUGUUUGAGCCUUAAAAAGGACAAAACCAAGGAACAAGAUGGAGAGACCAAAGAAUCACCAAUGGAGAAUAUUGCACCAGAAAACAGUACCAGCACAAAGGACAAGGAGUCGGGGGAGGAAUGCAACGGCAUCGCAACAAAGGAAGCUCAGGAGGAUGUGGAGACAGCCAAUAAUUCCGAGGUUGCUUCUUUGGAGGUGGAGAUAGUGAAGAACCCCUCUUCAGAAGGCAUGCUUUGUGAAAGUGUAGGAGUUAAGUGUAAGCACAAACACAAGCACAAACACAGGCAUAUAAGCAAGGAAAACAAUGACAAAGAUUCAGAAAAGGGCGACAGUAGCAGCAACAGCAGCAGUGAUAGUGAUAGUGACAAUAGCACUAGUAGUGAUGAUGAUGAUGAUGACAGUGAGAUGGACAGAAUCGCCAAGGAGCUGGAAAAGAAACGAAACCAUCCUGAUCGGUUGCAUCCAGAGCUGUGGUUCAAUGAUCCAGGAGAAAUGAAUGAUGGACCUCUCUGCCGAUGCUCCUUGAAGGCCCAGCGUUCUGGCAUCCGUCACGGGUAUUAUGUUGGAGAAGAUAGCUUAAAGCCAUGCGACCCCUGGACAAAUAAUGCCGAUCAUCUUCACCAUUAUCUCAUCACAAUAUCUCCACCCACUAAUUUCUUGAUCAAGACUCCUACUGUGAUUAUGCAUGACAGCCAUGAGUUUAUAUUUGAGGGCUUCUCAUUGCUAUCACACAACCCUCUUGAAGAAGUUCCCACAUGCAAGGUCAUUCGUUUCAAUAUUGAGUACACCAUCCUCUACCUACAGGAAAAGAUCCCCGAUAAUUUUUGUGUCCGAGAAUUGGACAUAUUCUAUAAGUAUCUCUUUACCGAACUGUUGGAACUUGUAGACUUAAACCUCCAUGCCAUGGGGGAUCCGGAUGGCUGUCCACGAUUCCAUUUUAUGCCAAGAUUUGUCAGGAAGUUGGCAGAUAAUGGCAAGGAGAUUCUUUCAAUGAAUGAAGUGUUAACAUACUUGCUCAAGAAUAGUGGGCCACUUGUGCAACCAGAGGACUUGGCACAGCUUUUGAGUAUGUCCCAGUAUCAGUGGCAGAAUUAUGCUGAUCAGCUGAAAGGAAUGGUAGUCACCUGCCCAGGCAUGAAGCCCUGCAGCAUCCGAGUUGACCAGUUAGACAGAGACCAGGUUAGCGAAGAGACCAUCAACUACCCGGUCAUUGUCCAUUUUGGGAUCCGGCCCCCCCAGCUCUCCUAUGCCGGGAAUCCUGAGUACCAGAAGGCGUGGAGGGAAUAUGUAAAAUUUCGGCACUUGCUAGCCAACAUGCCUAAGCCAUCAUUUGAGGACAAGCGGAGACUGGAGGCAAAAGAGAACCGCUUGCAGGAGAUGCGGAUGACCUCUAAAAUGAAGCGAGAUGUGACUGUUGCUGUCUCCGCCCAGGGAUUCUACCGCUCUGGGAUUAUGUGCGAUGUUGUCCAGCAUGCCAUGUUGCUCCCUGUGUUGGUAUGCCACCUGCGUUUCCACUGUUCGCUAGAGGUCCUCGAAGAAAGAAUCCUGUACAAAUUCCGCACAAGGUUCCUCCUGCAGUUGGCCCUUACCCACCCUUCCUACAGAGAAAACUUUGGCACAAAUCCUGAUCACGCCCGGAACUCACUCACAAAUUGCGGAAUACGGCAGCCUGAAUAUGGGGACAGAAGAAUCCAUUAUAUGAAUACCCGCAAAAGGGGCAUAAACACAUUGAUAAACAUCAUGUCCCGUUUUGGACGCAACCUUGAGACGGAGAGCAAAAUCACACACAAUGAACGCCUGGAGUUUCUUGGUGAUGCUGUGGUAGAAUUUCUUACCUCCAUUCACUUGUUCCACCUCUUUCCCAGUCUAGAGGAAGGUGGCUUGGCAACUUACAGGGCAGCUAUUGUCCAGAACCAACAUCUAGCAGUGUUAGCAGAGAAGCUAGGACUGGACCAGUUCAUGCUGUACGCUCAUGGUUCUGAUCUGUGCCAUGAUUUCGAGCUGCGUCAUGCAAUGGCCAACUGCUUUGAGGCUCUCAUGGGAGCCAUUUUUCUUGAUACUGGAAUAGAGGAAGCAGACAGUGUUCUAAGUUCGACCCUGUUUAAAGGUGAGGAUUUGUUGCACAACAUCUGGGUCAACUAUCCCCCUCACCCCAUACAAAUGCAAGAGCCACAGGGGGACCGGAAGUGGAUCAAAUCCUUCCCAAUCCUUACCAAUUUAUCCAAGUUUGAGGAGUCGAUUGGUGUGCACUUCAACCACAUUCGUCUGUUGGCCCGAGCCUUCACUGACCGCAGCAUCGGCUUCAACAACCUUACUCUAGGAUCAAAUCAGCGACUGGAGUUCUUGGGAGACACAGUCCUCCAGCUGGUGGCAUCUGAGUACUUAUAUAAAUAUUUUCCCGAACAUCAUGAAGGCCACCUCUCAUUACUCCGUUCAUCUCUGGUAAACAACCGGACCCAGGCUGUGGUGUGUGAUGACUUGGGGAUGACAGCAUAUGCAAUGUAUUCACACUUGAAGACAGAGUUGAAAACAAAAGAUCGUGCUGAUUUGCUGGAAGCAUUUCUUGGGGCCCUCUACAUUGAUAGGGGUCUAGACUACUGUCGCGCCUUCUGCCAGGUGUGUUUCUUCCCUCGGCUGCAUCAAUUCAUCAUGAACCAAGAUUGGAACGAUCCCAAGAGCAAAUUGCAGCAGUGUUGCUUGACCCUGAGGACUAUGGAUGGAGGGGAACCUGACAUUCCCAUUUACAAAGUUAUUGAGUGCAAGGGCCCCACCAACACACGUGUGUACACAGUAGCUGUCUAUUUCCGUGGGCGACGUCUGGCCAAGGCGUCGGGUCAUUCCAUCCAGCAAGCGGAGAUGAAUGCCGCUCGAGAGGCUCUCCUCAACUCCAAAGAGCUGUUCCCGCAGCUGGACCACCAACGGAGAGUCAUCGAGAAGAGCGUCAAGAUCCAGGGCGUUUCCAAACUUGGCUCGCCGCACAGAGAGAGAGAUCGAGGCAGAGACAAAGACCGGGAGAGGGAGAGGUCCGGACGGGGAUACAGAAGGGAGGAGGAAAGGCGAGGAGAUAAGGAGCGCGGCAGAGAAAGGGAGAAGCCAUGGGAGGAGAGGCACAAGGAAGGAGAAAGAAGCAGAGGUGGCGAUAGUAGAGGCCGAGUGUUUGGGGAGAGGGAUCAGCUUGGCGGAGACAGGGAGAGAGACAGCGAGAGAAAUAAGGCGAACGAGAGGGACAAAUUUAGCAGAGAGAGGGACAAGUUGGGUGGGGAGAGAGACAGACUAACAGGGGAGAGAGACAGACCGUACAGCGACCGAAGCAGAAGUACCGGAGACCGGAAAUACAAAAUAAUGUCAGACGAGGAAAGGAGGUACAGAUCAGAGGCAGAAAAAUUACACGACGAAAGGGAACCAUCUGAAGAAUCGAAAUUACGUACAUGUACAAAGGGCAUGUCGAGAGAUAACGCAGACUCGGAACGAAAUCGAGAGAAGUACAAGGGCUACAUGAGAAUACCAUCUGCUGAGCACCACCUAAAACCAACCAGGAAUUCAAGGAGCGAAUCGAGUGUAAAGCCUUCGCGCUCAGCUUGGUAAUUCAGAUAUUUUCAUUUCCAGAUAUGACUUGUGAUCAACCAAACAUUCCUCGUCGAAUGGCAAUUUGGGCUACCAUGCUUGUUAGGAGUCUCUGCUUACAACGGUCAUUUUUAAUGAUUUGCUAGUCAUGAAUUAAGACCUCAGGAUCGGUAACUUAUUAUUUUAAAAGCUGAAAUGCCUUUUGUUUAAAACAAAGAAAUCCCAUUAUAUUCUUGGGUAUUGCCAAAGCCUGUAACCAGUGAAUUUUGUGAUACAGUCAAUCAAGCGAUAAGUAUUAAGGUUCUUAAAACAAGUUGUAAAAUUAAUGUCUUAAAAGACGGUGUUGGGUAUUCGGUAUUCUAUUCUUAUUUAUGUUACAUAAAACGUAUGUGAAUAUGACAUAAUACCGUGAAUAGCACUUUGGUUCGUAUUUGAAGGUUUAUGCUGAAACCGGUUUUAUACUCUUAUUUUAGAUGCAACGUUCUCUGAAUGUCUUUUAAGUGUAUGUUCAGCCUAUUGUGUAUGUGAAGGUGAUUUUAUAAUGAAUGUAUUAUAAAUAAA